AUGAAAGCCACAACCGUAAGUCUCCAGGACCUCACAGCGGGUUCGGUACCCUUCGCAACCCUCGAAGACGCAUUCGGCGAAUCCUCCCUGGGCAUCCUCGUCGUCAACGAUCUCCCAGUCCGGUACCUGGUCCUGCGGGAAAAACUGCUCGCUUACUCGUCCUACCUGGCGCACCUGCCUGAGAGAGACCUCGACGCCCUCACCGACGCAGCCUCGCACUAUGAGAUAGGAUGGAGCCACGGCAAAGAAGCCCUCAGCGACGGCGCCUACGACACAAUGAAAGGCUCAUAUUACGUGGACUGUCACCCAUUCUUCCCGGGGGCUGAGCCUGAGCCUAUCGUCUCGAACAGGAACCCGAACCCGAACCCGGGCAUGCCGUCGACGACCGUUCGAGGAGCGGGCACGAACCUGUGGCCGUCCGAGACCGCAAUGCCGGGCUUCAGGACCACCUUCGAAGAGCUCUGCACGCUGCUCCUCGAGAUCGGCGUGCUGGUCGCGCGGGCUGUCGAUACGUACGCAGGAGUCCACGUCCCCGAUUACCGACGCGGGCAUCUCGAACACAUCGUGCGGACGAGCCGGACGCCCAAGGCGCGGCUGUUGCAUUAUUUCCCGCCGACCGAGACAUCUCACGAGCCAUCGCUGGCGGAACCUCACGCGGCAACAUGCGCAUCGGCCUCGAACUCCGAGCAAGCUACGAGCGCCGGCUUUGUCUCGUGGUGCGCCACGCACUUGGACGACGGCUGCCUCACGGCGUUGACGGCGGCGCUGUACAUCGACGAGUCCGAUCCCCUGCCACCACUGAGACCGUCGUCCUCAUUUCCCUUUCCGCCGCAAGGUCUAUCCAUCCUGCCCACGUCCCCGGACCCCAACGCGGGCCUGUACAUCAGAUCGCGCGACGGCGAGGUCGUCAAGGUCGACAUCCCGGCUGGUUGCAUUGCCUUUCAAACGGGCGAGGCACUGCAGAUGAUCACAGGUGGACACUUCAAGGCGGUACCGCAUUUCGUGCGUGGGCCAAGCGUCAACUCCGGCAAGACCGGGUCCGGCGCGGCGUCGAGCAAGAUGAGAAUAGCCAGGAACACGCUCGCGCUGUUCAUGCAGCCAGAUGUCGACGAGGUGAUCGACAGGGAGAAAGGGACCACGUACGGGCAGUUUGUUGCUCUGAUUGUGAAGGCGCAUUCGUAG